AUGAAUGAACAAGUAAAGAAAAUGGCAAAGACGAGUGGCCAGAAAGGGCCAGGCGGAAGAGCCCUCGACAGAAUGACCCUAAAACACGAGGUGGACGAGGUGAGGCCAGUCCAGAAUACCAGAGUGGAACCUCCCCAUGCAGUAUACACCAUCCACGAUGAAAUCGAUAUUAUCCCCGAGGCUCAGGAAGAUGACUUCCCUGACGGAUACCUAGAGUGCAUCAUAAGAGGUGAGUUCUCUGAACCCAUUCUGGAAGAGGAUUUACUUUUUAAAACCUUCGAAAGCCUGGAGGAAGCGGAACAAGACCUUUCUCGCCAGGUUUUGGGAGCAAGUUCUCUUCUCGAGUGUUCUUUGGAGUACCUGACAAAGGGGGCAAGACAAGAGACAAGAGAGGCCACACAAGAGGCGCCUGGGCAGACUGGUGGAGCGGACUCAGUGCGAGGGUGUGCUGAGUCCCUGACAAGCAGGAAGUUUCCUGUAGGAAAAACUUCGGAAGUUGAUUUAUCCUAUCCUAAGCAGCUUGCAGGCGGUCCUGGGGAGAAGCCAAAGGGUGGCGCAUACUGUGGUCCCUUAUUGAUGCUAGAGUGUCCUCAAGCUGGGUGCAGGAAGAAGCUGAGGGAUAAAACCGCGCUGAGGAAACACAUGCUUGUCCACCGUCCCCGCCAGCACGUGUGUGCAGAGUGUGGGAAAGCUUUUAUGGAGAGCUCCAAACUAAAGCGGCAUUUUCUGGUUCAUACCGGAGAGAAGCCGUUUCAGUGCACCUUCGAAGGCUGUGGGAAGCGCUUCUCACUGGAUUUCAACUUGCGCACCCAUGUCCGCAUCCACACUGGGGAGAAGCGCUUUGUGUGUCCCUUUGAUGGCUGCGAGAAGAGCUUUAUUCAGUCAAAUAACCUGAAGAUUCACAUCCUGACCCAUGCAAAGGCAGGGAAGAAACGCUGA